AUGUAUAAAAUGGAAUAUUCUUACCUCAAUUCCUCUGCCUACGAGUCCUGUAUGGCUGGGAUGGACACUUCGAGCCUGGCUUCAGCUUAUGCUGACUUCAGUUCCUGCAGCCAAGCCAGUGGCUUUCAAUAUAACCCUAUAAGGACCACUUUUGGGGCCACCUCUGGCUGCCCAUCCCUCACUCCAGGAUCCUGCAGUCUCGGCUCUCUUAGGGACCACCAGAGCAGUCCAUACGCAGCAGUUCCUUACAAACUCUUCACCGACCACGGGGGUUUAAACGAGAAGAGGAAACAGAGGCGGAUCAGAACCACGUUCACCAGUGCCCAGCUCAAGGAACUGGAGAGGGUGUUUGCAGAGACUCAUUACCCUGACAUAUACACCCGGGAGGAGCUGGCACUCAAGAUAGACCUCACUGAGGCGAGAGUACAGGUCUGGUUCCAGAACCGCCGCGCCAAAUUCCGCAAGCAGGAGCGGGCGGCGGCGGCGGCGGCGGCUGCCGCCAAGAACGGGGCGGCCGGCAAGAAGUCCGACGCCUCCCGCGACGACGAGAGCAAGGAAGCCAAGAGCACCGACCCCGACAGCACGGGCGGCCCCGGCCCCAACCCCAACCCCGCGCCCAGCUGCGGCGGAGGCGGCGGUGGCGGACCCAGCCCCGCGGCCGGGCAGGGAGCGGGGGGGCCCGGCGGUCCGGGGGGCGAGCCGGGCAAGGGAGCGGCGGGGCCCGGCGGGCUGGCGGCGGCGGGGCCGGGGCAGGGCUGGGCGCCGGGGCCCGGGCCCAUCACCUCCAUCCCCGAUUCGUUAGGGGGCCCCUUCGCCAGCGUCCUCUCCUCGCUGCAGCGGCCCGGCGGCACCAAAGGCAGCCUCGUCAAGAGCGGCAUGUUCUGA